AAAUAUAUUUAUUAUUGUUCUAUGUUAUAACUGAAGUCAUGUUUUGCAUGAGAAAUUACCAAAUAUGGUAAUUAUAACGGGUAGCGGUUUAUAUAUAAACCGGAUUGUAACGUGUUAAAGUCACUUUGAGAUCAGAUACAGGCAGUUAAACUAAACUGGUUAGUUUAGUCAUGGAAGAUAGUUCGAGCAGCCAUAUUGGGCGUUCACAUCAUCAGGAAAAUACAGUGGAGAGAGAAGAUAGAGCACAUAGAGCUAGCUAUCCAGAAUCUGGAGGUAAGUCCCCGGGGGAUUCAGCAAUUGAAGCGUUUUCUUUAUUUAGAGAUUAUCUUGAUACUCAGUUGAAGGACUUUAAAAAGGACUUGAAUUUAAAAUUACAUGAUACUCCUUCAGUCAAGUUCAAGAAAGAAGCUAAUCGUAUUCAGUAUGAGUUUAAUCUUGAUAUUCUUCGCAGUUUAGAAGUGGUUGCUGACGAUAAAUUUCGUAUUCCUGCCGAAAUUUUCGAGAAAGUGUCCAGUGUUAUUUCCAAGGUCAAACAUAGAAAUAAUUUAAUUAAAGUAGCUGAUAGUUCCCCGGGGGGCUGGCUUACCGUCAAUGAAUAUGAAAAGCCAGUUCUUGGAUCAGAUAGUGAGGACGAAAAGCGCCUUAAACAGGCGGAAGCCAGGGCUGUACGGAAAAUCAAAGCAACCACUUCUACUAGUAAACCUUCUUUCAAUCCUUAUAAACGUCCUGUUUCUACUUUCAUGCCGAGAGAAUCGCCUUCCGAUACUGUUCAAUGGGGAAAACCGGCUUAUUCCUUUCGUGGCACAUCAAGACAAAGCUCCAUCAGAGAUAUUUGCUUCGCAUGCGGACAGCGAGGACAUUUCCGCCAUGAGUGUAGAUUCUGGUCAAAUUCAACGAAGCGCUUUACACCGGACAACUUCAAAAGAAGCUCAAGUUCAGAAAGCUCCGCAGAUAAACGAACAGAUAAAUGAUAAGUAUUUUUUCAAUGCCCUUGAAAGAGAGUUCUUUGAAUAUCAAGAAACUUUAUUUUCACCAGCAGAAAACAAUACCUGUGUUAAAAGUCGUUUAAAGAAGCACUUUUCUUAUUGGAAUGACAUUGGUUGCAAUUCUUAUAUUCUUGACAUAAUUGAAAAUGGUUAUUAAAUACCAUUUCUUAAUAUGCCUGAAAGGUCAUUUUCAAAACACAAUCGAUCAGCUUUAGAAAAUUUAGAAUUUGUAGAUUCUGCAGUUGAAGAACUUGUUUAAAACAAAUGUGUUAUUAAAACUCCUUUUAUGCCUCAUGUAGUUAAUCCGCUUUCUGUUUCUAUUAAUAAGCAAGGAAAGAAAAGGUUAAUAUUAGAUUUAAGGAUAGUCAAUAAACAUCUUUGGAAAGAUAAGUUUUCCUUUGAGGAUUGAAAAAAUGCUUUAGAAUAUUUUGAAAGAGAGUCUUUUUCUUAUAAAUUUGACAUUAGUAAAGCUUAUCAUCAUAUUGAUAUUUUUUAUGAACAUCAAACUUUCCUAGGUUUUUCGGUAUGGGGUGAUUUCUAUUGUUUCACCGUUUUGCCAUUUGGAUUAAGUACAGCUCCCUUUGUUUUCACAAAAUGUAUGCGUGAAUUAGUGAAAUUUUGGAGAAGUAACAGUAUAAAGAUAGUCAUGUUCCUUGAUGAUGGAUUUGGUACUAAUAGUACAUAUGGUUCUGCUAAGAGUGAUGCUUUAGUAGUUAGAAAUUCUUUACUUUCAGCAGG